AUUUGAUUCCCACAGCCCAAAUAAUUCGAUCUCAUGUCUAAGGAAAGAAAUGCGAAUUGGUAAAGCAACCUACCGUGCAACAACCCUCAACUCCCGUGUGCCUGCAAAUAUUUGUAACCACUCAUAAGCUCACCACCAUCCCCUAGCAAACAUCUAGAGGCGCAGCCAUUAGAGAACAAGGUCGAUCGAUCAAGCUCCGUAAUGGCGUCCGCGGGAGGAGAUCAGGCGCUGAAGCUGCUGGGUGUGUGGGACAGCCCCUAUGUGAACCGAGUGCAGAUCGUGCUCAACCUCAAGGGCCUCAGCUACGAGUACGUCGAGGAGGACCUCCACAACAAGAGCGAGCUCCUUGUCGCCUCCAACCCGGUGCACAAGAAGGUGCCCGUGCUCAUCCACGGCGGCAAGCCUGUCGCUGAGUCUCAGGUUAUCGUGCAGUACCUCGACGAGGUCUUCGUCGCCUCCGGCCCGUCGGUCCUCCCCGCCGACCCGUACGAGCGCGCCAACGCCCGCUUCUGGGCUGCCUUCGUCGACGACAAGGUGGGAUCUCCGUGGUACACAGUCCUGUUCGCGCGUGAGGCUGAUAAGAAGGCGGACGCGGCUGCGCGGAUCGUCGCGGCGCUGGAGACGCUGGAGGGCGCGUUCAGGGAGUGCUCCGGCGGGACGGCGCAGUUCUUCGGCGGCGGCGGCAUCGGGUUAGUGGACGUCGUGCUGGGCAGCUACCUUGGGUGGUUCAAGGUGAUCGAGAAGAUGGUCGCCGUCAGGGUCCUAGACACGACGAGGACGCCGCUGCUGGCCACGUGGGGCGAGCGGUUCCGCGCGGCUGAUCCGGUGAAGGGUGUCCUGCCGGAUGACGUCGACAAGGUGCUCGAGUUCUUGCAGACGUUCCUGGAUCUCCAAAUCCAAAAGCAAGAGUUGCCAAUGGCCGGAGGCGGCAACCUGAAGGUGUUGGGCGUGUGGACCAGCCCGUUCGUCAUCCGGGUGCGCGUCGUGCUCAACCUCAAGGGCCUGCCGUACGAGUACGUCGAGGAGAACCUCGGCAACAAGAGCGCCCUCCUCCUCGGCUCUAACCCUGUGCACAAGAGCGUCCCCGUGCUCCUCCAUGACGACCGGCCCGUGAACGAGUCCCAGAUCAUCGUCCAGUAUAUCGAGGAGGUCUGGGCCGGGGUCGGCCCGGCCGUUCUGCCGUCCGACCCCUACGAGCGCGCGGUGGCGCGGUUCUGGGCGGCCUACAUCGACGACAAGGUGGGUUCCGCGUGGCUGGGGAUGCUGUUCAAGUGCAGGAACGAGGAGGAUAGGGCGGAGGCGGUGGCCCGCGCCGAGGCCGCGCUGGAGACGCUGGAGGGCGCGUUCAAGGAGUGCUCCAAGGGGAAGCCGUUCUUCGGCGGCGACGGCAUUGGGUUCGUGGACGUCGUGCUCGGCGGUUACCUCGGGUGGUUCGGCGUGAUCAACAGGCUGAUCGAACGCAGGCUGAUUGACCCCGCGAGGACGCCACUGCUGGCCGCGUGGGAAGAGCGGUUCCGCGCGGCUGACGCGGCCAAGGGCAUCGUGCCGGACGACGUCGACAAGAUGCUCGAGUUCUUGCAGACCCUGCGUUCUCUGAGCAACUACAAGCCAGAGUGAAUCGUCUUGUGAUGUGUGCGCGCGCUGAGCUGAACUCGAUCCGUCUGUCAGUCUUGGACCAGUCAGUUUUGCUUCUUUCGACAAUAAACAGCGUGCUUAAUAAAUGUACAACAGUACUUGUGUUGUAACAAUGGUCUAUGCUGCUGCUUGUAAAUUGCGUCGUUUAUGCUC